AUGGCGGAGCCGACGGACUCGAGCGCCCCGCCUGGCGAAACGCCCAAUCCCGCGACUGAGUCGAAUGCGCCAGCUACUGAGACCAGCCAGUCGUUCACCUCGGGCGAGCCACUCCCAGCGACCGAACCGGACAGCAUCCCAGCCGACGCUCCUACCAAUCCCCCACCCAAUCCUCCUGCAGAUCCUCCAACCGAGGCCAGCCAAGUGGCAGCGCAAACAGAGCAAGCACCAGCAGAUUCAAAUCCUCCCGCCGCAGCUCCACCACCGGCAGACUCAGUGCCGUCAGCCUUCACACCGGCUGAACCAGCAUCUGCAGAACCAGCACCGGUGAAUACAGCGCCCGCAGACCCAGUGCCGGUUGAGCAAGCACCUGCACCUUCAAUACCCGCAGAGCCAACACCUACAGAGCCAGCGACGGUGGAGCCAAUACACGAUGCGGGAACGUACCAUCCCCCAGAAGAGCCUUCCCAGCCAACACAAAUACCAGAUUCGACUUUGCCCUCAAUCGAAUCGUCGCUUCCUCCAAUUGAUUCGUCCAUUCCAGCUAUGGAUACAUCUGAAGCUUUCGGGGACUCUGGGAUUAAUUCGUUUGACGCGCUGCCUUCAAUCGGCUCAUCUACGGGCCAGGACAUGUCACUUCCUGCGAUUGAUACGACACUUCCCUCGCUUGAUCAUUCCUUGCCAGCAAUCGGGAUCGACGAUAUACCCACGAUGGACGAACAUGAGUUUCGCGACGACAGUCACCUAGACCACCAUGACUCGAAUUCGGGUCUCCCUGACUCGGGCACUGGACAUCAUGACAGCCAACACUCUGGGGUGAAUGGUGUAUCCCACUAUCAGCCGCAAUCCAACGGCACAUAUCAGUAUUCGCAUAGCCCUGCCCAGUCACAACAACCUGGGACACCGCAGGCGCAAACCCAUACCCAACAUCAAUUUCAGGCGCAACCACAGCAACAUUAUCAGCAGAAUGAUAUGUACCACAAUGGUGCGCAAGGGCAGGUGCCACAGGCGCCGAUUGGAUCGCCACUUCCAAACAAUAUGCCCCCGAUGGCAUCUAUGGGACAAUACAUGACCGGGUAUCCGUCCAAUAUGGGGCAAGGCAAUGCGCAGAUGCGAUAUCAACUACCGGGCGAUCCGAACAAGAUGUUAUCUGGCAAUAGACACAAGAAAGAAGUCAAGCGACGAACAAAAACGGGUUGUCUGACUUGUCGCAAACGAAGAAUUAAGUGUGACGAAGCGCAUCCUGUCUGCAGAAAUUGCGUGAAAAGUAAACGCGAGUGCUUAGGCUACGACCCUGUGUUUCGCACCCAGGCUUCAACGCCCUCGGCUAUCCAGCCUGCUCCUAAUCCUCCUCCAUCAUUGGUGGUCAAUCCCCAAGGCCCUUCUACCACAACUCCAACAGCACCUUCAUAUCCGUCUGCGCCUCCGGGGUACAUGCCCGCUUCCUCUCAGCCAUUUGCCCCCUCGCUUCAUUCCGAGUCGCCCACUGCGUCUGUCGAACAACACGCGCACCGAGCUUCUAUAGAUCCUUCAUUAAGCGCGAGCAGUCAACCAACUCAUUCCGAAAUGCAGAGCACUGCCACACCCCGCCCUCAGGGCUCUGAGCCAGCAUACAAAGCCAAAAACAUCUACAUUAAUGACCUUUUCUCUCUACGGGGAAUUGCCCCUCCUCCUCCACACGCCAUCAGUACACUUCCGCCGGGCCGUCUCGAAGAAAUCCAAGCCGUUUUCCUGGCCACGUAUGCGCCGGCUAUCGACAAGCUCCUUGAAGUUCGCUGGUACUCCGAGAAGGCUCUUUCAUACCUCAUGGCCGACACCCAGCUGAUGGCUGAAUAUUCGGCCUUGAUCAAUGCCUUCAACGAAUGGAAUCUGCAGGACGGUGAAACUCUUGCGCGGCUGGAGAGCUUUGAGGCCUCGAUCAUCUGGAAAAGUAUGGCACUUUGCCGCAAAGUUCCAGAUGGAGAGACCGGCCAACAAGGGCGGGACUGGAACCUCUGCGCGGCUUGCGGCAGACUCAACGUUGUCGAAGCGUUGCUCACAUGGAACCACUUGGACACGAACAUCCUUUCUCGGGAGCUCAUCAUGGACGCCGCCAAUCCUCCGAAUUCCCCAGACCAGUUCCAAAGCCGCCAGCUGGACUUCUGGGACCAGGUCGCAGAGUUCCUCACUCUGUACGACAACGAAGCCAGUUCAGCCAAGCAGAUCGACGAUACUCUCAGCCGGUGCCGACAAUUGCUGGAUACCUACGAGAACCGCGACAUCAUCUACUCAAUCUCCGUUGCGCGCCAUCUGGGUCAGCGUUGGGCUGAUUUCCCUAACAGCCUGCCCAAGGUGGGCUACACUACCGAGAAAGAGUCUGGAACCAAACUCUUCGUUGCCCAGAAGUUCCUCGAGGAAGAAGCCGAGGGCAAGGGCACCACGCAAAUCUACAAACGGGUUUGCUGCAUGGCUGUUCGCUCUUGGUGGGUUGCCCGUGGGUAA